GAGGACCACUGGCUGUGUAACGCUCACUUGCAAGGACACUGACCGCUGGAUCUCGAUAUAUUUCUCUUCUGAAACCCCUCACUACUCGUCUUUUCUCCCUCCCUCUCUUCACUCUACGCCAGUCGUACGUCAGAGUUGACAUGACGACCGAGACCCCUCAGCAGCAGCUGGACCCUCCGCCUCCUCUGAGAUCUAGCCCGGCGUCCGGCGUCCUGCACCCCGCCAUGCUGAGCCCACAAGCCGCUACAGAAAGUUCGUCCACCGCCAUUAAAGGAAAGAAGACGAGCUCCGGUUUACGGCGACCGGAAAAGCCGCCUUACUCAUACAUCGCUCUCAUCGUUAUGGCAAUACAAAGCUCCCCCACCAAACGACUGACACUCAGUGAGAUCUACCAGUUCCUCCAGGCUCGCUUCCCAUUCUUCAGGGGCUCAUAUCAGGGCUGGAAGAACUCGGUCCGGCAUAAUCUUUCGCUGAAUGAGUGCUUCAUCAAGCUGCCCAAAGGGCUGGGCAGGCCGGGGAAAGGCCACUACUGGACCAUCGAUCCGGGUAGUGAGUUCAUGUUCGAGGAAGGCUCGUUUCGUCGGAGACCCAGGGGCUUCAGACGAAAAUGUCAAGCUCUGAAGCCCAUGUAUCGGAUGAUGAACGGCAUAGGCUUCGGCACCUCCAUUCUCCCGCAGAGUUUUGACUUUCAAGCUCCAUCCGCCUCUCUCGCCUGUCACGGAAACAGCUACAACUUGGACAUGAUGAGCAAUUCAAUGGCCGGGGGGUACGACGGGCUGAGCGGCGGCCACCACGUACCACACAUGUCUCCAAGCCCGGGCUCCACAUACAUGGCGAGCUGUCCUGUGCCGCCCAAUGGGGAGUACGGACCGGACAGCAGCAGCAGCCCAGUCCCGUCCUCUCCAGCCAUGGCGAGCGCGCUGGACGGCCACUCCCCGUACGCCAGUACAUCCGCACACUGGGCGUCCUCCGGCGGGUCCCCCUACAUUAAACAGCAGCCUUUAGCCUCCAGCAGCCCCGCAUCCUCUGGUUUACACUCCGGCAUGUCGCCUUACUCCCUGGAGCAGAGCUAUCUUCACCAGAACGGCAGGGACAGCCACACCAGCGACAUAUCAGUGGGGAUUCCACGCUAUCAGAGCCAUUCCUCGGUGUGCGACAGGAAAGAUUUUGUGUUAAACUUUAACGGCAUCUCCUCCUUCCACCCCUCGGCUGGCGGAUCCUACUAUCACCAUCACCACCAUCACCACCCCCAGAGCGUCUGUCAGGACAUCAAACCCUGCGUCAUGUGAGCUCACCUGUCUCUGUGGAUUUCAAAAAAA